AUGAUGGUGAAGAUUCGAAUGCAACAAGAGGAUCGCGAUUGUGCCGAAUAUUAUGACCUACUUCCUGAUGAAGAGGACAACGAGCAUGAUGGAGAACAAGAGGAGCAAGGAGAAGAAGAGCAGGAAUUACGAGAGGAAGAAGAACAGCAGCAGAAUGACUCUGAUGCCGAGGAAGACGCAGCCGCUGCUGCUCGACAAGAGGAGAUUCGGCGAUUGGAUCAUCAAGAAAACAGGCAACGUACCGUUCGAGCACAGUGGCCUAUGGUUGGAGGAGAACGCUCUACAGAGAUCAGAGAGGCCUUGGAGGAAAGUUUCGAACAGUCGCAAGAGAGGUGGGAUGAGCUGUACAACUCUGCCAACCACUACAGGCUUCGAUUCGCCAUUGUUGACAUUAUGAAAGUUUAG